AUGGCAAGAGGACGGAAUGAAGAGACAGGAAGACAUGAAAGACAUUUAGAGGGCCAUAAGUCGCACCAACAGGAUGAUAAAUCAAGUGGAAGAGAGUCCCUUAAGGGUUGCCCAGUUGGACCAGCAAAUGAAGAGAGAAACAACAUGAACAGUGAUGAAAGAGACGGUUUGAUAGCGAAACAUCGUCGGAACAACCAAGUAGGUGGCACAUUAGACAGAAAUCUAUCGCACAAUGAGCUUGGAAAGACAGCAAGGAUGAACCAUUCGCUUAAAGAAGCAGGGGCAGGCCCUCAUACAACAGACGAGAAUGAUUGCCCUAUCAAACGUCAAUCUCUGAAAGGAGCUUGGAAUUUUGAUUCAUCAGGAAGUACUGCAUGUGGGGCGCAGCAUGCCCACGGGCACCCCGAGUUUGCUAAUGACAACGUGGACGGGGUCAGUAGUGAUCAACCAUCAAGACAUCAAGAAACAACAAGGAUUCCGCCAAGUUCAAACCAAUAUCAGACAAGGAAUUUGAGAACAGAAAGAGAUCGACUUAACACUUAUUUUGACUGGCCAAGAGAUUCACCCGUGUCCCCAGAAGAUCUUGCGAGGGACGGCUUUAUUUACCAGUGUGCGUUCUGUGGAGGAGUCCUUCAGGAGUGGGAGGCGGCCGACGAUCCGUUCAUAGAACACGAGCGACACUACCCACGCUGUCCCUUCGUGAACGGAAGGGCGACGGCAAAUGUCCAGCUUGGAGCGACAUCACCGCAAACAUCGCAGCCAAGGAGCAGUCACAGUAGAGCUCAUUGUAUCGUUAUCAGCCAAACUAGUCAGCAAUCGUCAACACCAGAACACGUCAGUCUGAGUCAGGUAACUCAAAGGACCGGAUCGGGAUAUACGUCAGCAUUUGCAUUACCAGUAGAGACACAAUGGCCAAAACUACCAGGUUUUGCGGAUGAGGACAACCGACUAUCCACUUUUCACAACUGGCCGGGGUAUUAUCCCAUGUCACCACUGAGGCUA